AUGUCUUACCGUGACAACGAUAACCAGUCCGGCUCCUACGGCGGUAGCGACAGCUACGGAUCCAACCGCAGAGACAAUGACAGCUAUGGGUCUUCCGGCCGCAAUGAGUCCGGCAGCUACGGCUCCUCUCGCCAGGAUGAGGACUCUUAUGGCUCUUCCGGUCGCACUAGCGGAAACAACACUAGCUCAUACAACACAUCCAGCAACACCAGUGGCGGUACCUAUGGUUCUUCUCGCCGGGACGAUGAUGAUGACAAUACAUACAGCUCCUCCGGCCGCACCGGCGGAGGUAACAACAGCUCAUACAACUCAUCCAGCAACACCGGCGGAAGUAACACAUAUGGCUCCUCGCGCAAAGACGAUGAUGAUGACAACUCAUACGGCUCUUCCCGCAAGGAUGAUGACACUUAUGGUUCAUCUGGUCGCACUGGAGGAAGCAACACAUACGGCUCAUCCCGAAAGGAUGAUGACGAUGACAACUCGUAUGGCUCAUCCCGCAAGGAUGAGAGCACAUACGGCUCUUCUGGCCGUACUGGUGGAAGCAACACCUACGGUUCUUCCCGAAAGGAUGAUGACGACGAUAACUCAUAUGGCUCCUCUCGCAAGGACGAGAGCACAUACGGCUCUUCCGGCCGCACUGGCGGAAGCAACACAUAUGGUUCAUCCCGCAAAGAUGAUGGCGACGACAAUACCUACGGCUCAGGAAACAAGAGCUCCUACGGUUCUAGCAAGAGAGACGACGACGACGAUAACACGUACGGUUCAGGUAACAAGAGCUCCUACGGUUCCAGCAAGAAAGAUGACGAUGACAACACUUACGGCUCAGGAAACAAGAGCUCCUAUGGUUCCAGCAAGAAAGAUGACGAUGACAACACUUACGGCUCAGGAAACAAGAGCUCCUACGGGUCCAGUGACAACACCUAUGGUUCAUCCACUGGCGGCUAUGGCUCGUCUAACCGCCGUGAUGACGACGAUGACGAGAGCAACAAGAAGGGCAGUACCUUCGGCAAGGUCUUGGAGGCGGCCGGUGACAUUCUGAGCAAGACUAACCUCAACGACCGCAACAACCGGGAAUAG